CUGAAAAGAGCGUUUAAUUUUUUCGAUACAAAUCGCGAUGGUCGGAUAACAAUGGAAGAAUUGGAAGCAGCAAUGAACAAAUGCGGUCAACACCCGAAUAAACUCGAACUUCGAUUGUUAAUGCUACAAGCUGAUUCUGAUCGAAAUGGCGUGAUAACAUUUGAUGAAUUUACUCGAAUGAUGCGUGGCGGUGAUACGGGGGGACAUCAACGAGGUAAAUACUCCAGGCAACAGUUAUAUCAGCAAUUUCAACUUUUUGAUAAGGAUAAAGACGGUUAUAUUGAACGAGAUGAGAUGAAUGGAAUUGUGUCGGAAUUAGCGCUCGGCAAGAUGUUCCCUAAAAAGCUUAUCGAUCAGAUCUUUCUAGAAGCAGAUGUCGAUGGCGAUGGACGAAUCAGUUUCGAAGGCAAAUAAUUUGUAUUCGCAGUCAACUAA